AUGGCUGUUGCUCGCCGUCUGGCUUUCAAUUAUUCACUCGGCGGUGACAGCUGUCUCUGGUCUGGGCGGUUCGAGCGGCACCGGGUUCGGGAAUGGUCUCCAAGAUCCAGUCAGAGCAAGCAACAUCUCUCAUACAGGCCCAGCACACCUAAUCUCGCGUCACGGGUAGCAUGGGACCGGCAAUUUAUCUAUAUUCGUGAUUUGGGGAGUGGAAGCAAACUCCCUCAAGCCCACUUGACAGCAACACCUACUCCCGGGAUCAAUGGUUCCCACGGGACUCCUGCAUCGAUUGCAGUGACCACCUUUCUUGAUGACGGCACAAAGACAAAUUUCUACGUUGCAAGGCAUGCCAACUUCACCUCGCUUGAAAAACACUGUGUAUACAAUCACCGUACCCACAAGCCAAGGGAACGUUACAAUACUUCAGCUGGGGGCAAGUUGACGCUCAAUGGCCGUGAUUCUAAAUUCCAUGGCCUGGAAUACGAUCUUGCCGGCAUGAAUCCGGUUUACUCUUCUGCAGAGAUCUUCAGAUGGGCUCGGGGUGCCGGAUCGACACGUGUGCUGAUUCUGUAUGGAGGUACUGAGCCUGACUUUGCUUUGUCACGCCGUCUUGGGAAUCCAACCGUUGUCCAGGGAGAUGAUGACGACAUUCGUCACAUUGGUGCCACCUCGGUGAUAUAA